UCGCGCGAGUUAUCGACGUAAACAAUCAUGGCGGCCCGUGUAUCGAGUCAUGCUGUUCAUCUCCCGGAUAAAAAGGAGUCUACAGUCCUCGAGUUUACGGAUACGACCGAGUCGGGAGGCUAUGAUGCCGGCAAGCACUACCUACCACCCAUGGGAGAACAGAAGGCCCAUGAGCCCGACUUCCUGCAGAGCGCCCCAUCAAUGCUGUUGUGGCAAGCUGGCAAGCAGCAGGCCCAGAAGGCAUUCAACCUCUAUGGGAACAUCGACCUGCUCAGACCAUACUUCCACGUUGAACCGCAGGAAGUGCGAGACAGAAUCCUGGAGUCCUUCUUUCCACGUUGGCCUUCCCACUAUGCACCUCUGCUGAUUCCAGGUGAGCUGUACGGACCACUGAUGCUGGUCUUCACCAUGAUCACCCUGCUGCUCUUCGGGAUGAAGUCCUCGGGCCACACAGUGAAGGAAGGCACCCUGAUGGGCACGGCGUUUGGCGUCAGCUUCGGCUACUGGCUUGGCGGAUCGGCCCUGGUUCGAGCCGCCGGCUACGUGAGCAGCACGCGACUCUCCUUCCUCCAAGUGCUUUCUCUCAUGGGCUAUGCGCUGUCCGGCCACUGCUUUGCCCUCUUCCUGGGGAACGUGUUCCACCCCGAGCACUCGCACAUGUUCUUCUACGGCGUCUGGCUUGUGCUGGGGGGUAGCACCGCCCUGAAGCUGGUGGCCGUGUUUGCAGCCAAGACAGCCAGCGUCUCCCACAAGGCUGUCGCAGCGUCCACGGCUGCCGUGCUUCACCUGCUGGCGUUGCUGUACUUCCACUUUGCGUACCACAGAACGGUCGAAGCUCUGGACGGCAUUUAGAGCAUCCAAAGGUUCCACGAACCGACAACUUCUGUACAGAUCCAAGAGUGUUUCUUAGGUUUGACGACCCUAUGUAGUCUGUGACACACUUGGAAGUGUGACAACUUGUUGCAACACUGAUUUUUCUAUGCCUUAGUUACAUCUGGUAUUUCGGAAUGCUCUCGUCAUUUUCUGCAAUUCAUUUGUGUCGUUUCGAGUCGGUUUACCCUGAAAGCCGAUCAAGCGCCACGCGGCAUGGUCUUGUUUCUGAAAUAAAGAGGUGUUCUAGCUUUCA